AAAUACCAACCACUCGCGCUCUCCUGUCCUGAAAAAUUCAAGGGUCGCCAAAACUGCACGUCUGAGUCCUUAAACUCCGCGGGACCCUCCUGAAAUCCCGCCGCCGCCCCCCAAGCGACAAAGGAGAAAGCGAAAGGCGAAAGUAACGCUCGACGCCCUUCGAUCAAGUCCUCCCACUUUCGAAAAUCUGCACUUUGCGCCUCCGGGGCGCGCGGGCGCGCAAACACAGCCACUUCCUUUUUUUUUUUUUUUCCCUGAAAUUCAGCCGCCCGCUAUUGUCCAGGAGAAGUGCGAUGGCCGAGAGCGUCCGUUCCACCAUCGGAAAUGUCCUGGAGGACUUGACGGAGGACGAGCUCCGAAAAUUCAAGGCGAACCUCCACGACUACCAGGUCAAGCCGAGCUACAACAAUAUCCCCCGAGGGCGGCUGCAGAAGGCGGACGCGCUAGAUCUGAGCGACCUCCUGGUCAGUUUCUACAACGAGGACUACGCCGUGGAGGUGGCCGCCGCGGUGUUGAUGGCCAGCAACUGCAAGCCUCAAGCUCAGAGGCUUCUCAGAGCCGUCUAGAAAGAGGACCCAAGAAUGAAGUAUAAAUCAUCCAGAGUCCUGGGGUGGCUGUAAUAGAU